CUACGGACGCGCUUGGUGUCGAUCGACGCACGACAUCAGUAGCGUUACAACCGUCGACGAACGACGAACGUGAGCCGGGAAAAAUCGGGACAAGGAAAGUCCGUCGGUCGGAAAACUCACGGUGCCACGAAUUCGAUUCCCUUUUUGCGAUCGCUUGUGCUACGGAAACGGUUAUGUGUGAGUGAGCGUAUCUGAAGAAGAAAUAUGAUCGAGUGUAGUGUAGCGGAAAACAUCCCCAAAAAAAUCCCAAACCCUGUGCGAAUAUAAAUGAGUUGCAGUGUGGAAAAACAACCCACAAAAAAAUGGAGAAAAUUGGUGAAAAACGCGUGACGUGAUUACAAACGCAUUCCAGCUUGAUUUAUUGCCCGUCGAUACCGGUCGGGAAAAAAGAGAGGCUGUGAGAAAAAAAGUCGGGAAAGAAAGCAAGGAAGAAAGUAUUUAAAGGUGAAAAUUUAAUUUUAAGCCACGUCAAACCCCUUAACGAGAAGGAAACUCCCCCUGAAGUGUAGCUAGUCAACGUUCCAUCAAUAACGGUUCCAGUUUUUCAAAGUUGAAUAGAAAAAUUAAAAAAAGUGCGUAAAAGUGCUUGUGCUGCGUUAAAAAAGUUUUCUCUAACACAAAAUAGAGAUUAAAAUAUUGUGCUUUGAGAUUCCAAAUCAGCUGUUUUCAAUCUACUUGCCUACGGCGUAAGUAACCGUUUCCAUUCCACAAAGUGGCACUCAAAGCACGGCAGACGGUAGAACAUCCUUCCCGGAAUGUCGAACGCUAGCGGUGCGGCACAACAACCGUUUCGACCGUUCCGCCUGGCCAGGAUAAACGGACGUGAAAGCUUUAUUAAUUAACUCACCACCACCACCCGACCCGACCCGGUUGUAGAACAUGAAGCGAUAGGAUUACUCUAAUUAGUCGUGGAAAAACAAAGAUCCCUACGUAAAGCGUAAACGUCGCCAAAGUCCGGCCGCCACAUCUGAGAGCAAUCAACGUAAAGCCCGGAAGAAAUCAUGCAAGCAACAGAUAUCACGGCAUAUCACACUGCCUACAACUACACACUCAACCAGUCGGACGUGAGGAUUGUGCUGGAGGAUGAAAACCUUUACAAAGUCCCCAUCGGCUUGCUGGUGCUGCUGUCCAUCUUUUACGGCACCAUCAGCAUCCUGGCGGUGAUCGGGAACUCGCUAGUCAUAUGGAUCGUCAUCACGACCAAGCAGAUGCAGACGAUCACCAACAUGUUCAUCGCCAACCUGGCCCUGGCGGACGUGACGAUCGGUGUGUUUGCCAUCCCAUUCCAGUUUCAGGCAGCGCUACUGCAACGCUGGAACCUGCCCGAGUUUAUGUGUCCGUUCUGCCCGUUCGUGCAGCUUAUCAGUGUGAACGUGUCCGUCUUCACGCUGACUGCCAUCGCGGUCGACAGGCAUCGAGCCAUCAUCAAUCCGCUCAGAGCACGAACAUCGAAAAACAUCUCCAAGUUCGUCAUCAGCAGCAUCUGGAUGCUAUCGUUUGUGCUGGCCGCCCCGAUACUGUUUGCGCUUCGAGUGCGGCCCGUGUCCUACAUUGCGCUGGGUGGUAUGAACGAUACGUACACCAACAUCACCGUACCGUUCUGUAAGGUGGUCAACUUUGAGGAUGGAGAGAUUCUGCUCUAUCGCUACGUGCUCGUGCUAGUGCAGUACUUCAUACCGCUGUUCGUCAUCAGCUUCGUUUACAUACAGAUGGCCCUCCGGCUCUGGGGCUCGAAGACACCGGGCAAUGCGCAAGACUCGCGGGACAUUACCAUGCUGAAGAACAAGAAGAAGGUUAUCAAAAUGCUGAUCAUCGUUGUGGCGCUGUUCGGCGUGUGCUGGUUUCCUCUGCAGCUUUACAACAUCCUGCACGUGACGUGGCCGGAAAUCAAUGAAUAUCGCUUUAUCAACAUCAUUUGGUUCGUGUGUGAUUGGCUUGCGAUGAGCAACAGCUGUUACAAUCCGUUUAUCUACGGCAUUUAUAAUGAAAAGUUUAAGCGCGAGUUUCGCAAACGUUACCCGUUCAAGCGCGAUCAAACGUACAACCACAACCACGAGUCGGAUAAAACGUCAUCGAUUUUUACGCGCGUCAGUUCCAUCCGCUCGACCUACGCCACAUCGUCCAUACGGAAUAAGCUAAGCACUAACCGCUACUCGGCAUCGAAGCAAUUCAAAUUCCCGCCACCCAACCAUCAUUUCCAGCACCAGCCGGGUGGCCAUCACAACGCCACCGGGGGUGCCCAUCUGCACGAGCUAGCGUUCGGAACGUCCAAGAAGGGGCCAGUUAAUUUUGACGGCACGGUGACGACCACCUUCGCCACGAGCCAUCCGAGGGAAAAGAAGAUGGAUCACCGUUUGGUUGAGCACGACCAGCUGAUUGCAUCGUGCAUCGAACGGCUCGACCAUGAGCUCGCGUGUUCCAGCACGGUGGACAGUAGUGAGGAUCACCGAAACGGCGAACCGAGGAUGCUCAACCGACCGGAUAUCGAUGGAAAUGGUACGGGACGAGCUGCGAAACUUCGCAACGGUUCAUCCCGGGAAUGUGGGCUCUCCAUCGCGAGCAAUUACGCUGACCGGAUGGCACUGAAGCAUCCCCAUCCGGACAGUGGUGGGGAGAGUGGCGAUGGGGAACCGAAACCGGGACAGCGCUCCAGCGAGGAACGGGACUCGGGCGGACACUUGUACUGUAACGAUUUGGAAGAACUCGGACCGUACUAUGAUUAAAGGGUUGCGAGAAUGAGCGCCUAGUGUGAACGCCUAAAUGUGAGCAAGCGUGCGGUGAGCGGUACUGUGAAUAUAUUAUUUAUAUCUUCCUCAUUAAGUACAAAUCGAGCAAUGUGUAUUAACUGUGAGCUGUUUUGCAUUUAAACGAGUUUAAAUAAAGCUAUGAAUAUGAAACUUAUAA